CCCCGAUUUCCAAACGUUCUCCUUUCAGCACAAAGAAGAAACAAAAAUUGAAAAACUAAGCGACGCCAUCCUCAGAAGAACCCUUUGCACCGAGGAGGCACCACAAGCUGCUCCCGGCUUGCUGCAAAGGAUCUUCAGGUAUCUCAACCCCUGGGGUCAACCUCCCCCGGUGACCCAGGAACAUCGGCAGGAGGCACCACUGCAGGAAGACGCAACCCACCCGGACACAAACACGGAGACUGAGGAGGCACCACAAGUUGCUCCCGGCUUGCUGCAAAGGAUCUUCAGGUAUCUCAACCCCUGGGGUCAACAAAACCCAAACCCAAACCCGGGAGUCAGGGGUGAACAAAACAACCCCAAAAAGAAAAACAAAAGGUUCAAAAUCAACCUGAAGACGACGGGAGUCAAACGGGACUGGAGAUCAAAGAUCAUGUAUUUCCUCCUCCUGCUUCUGUUUGCUGGUGGAGUGACACAGCACGUACACCACAGCAACCAGCUGCAAGACGCCCGGCUGCAAAUAACCACCCUCACGCAGCUGAUGAGCCGACUGAGUCCCGUCGCAGACACAAUGGCCAACUUCGCCCAUGAGUCGCAGGGAGCCAGAGUCCUCCACCGCCUGUCCUCAGACACGUUCCGGACCACAAUCCAAGACAAAAUGAUGGACCAGCUGCUCUCCUGGGUCACCGCCUCCACCGACCACCAAAGAAUCAUCCAGGACCACUCAAGGUCGCCCCCCGGAGCGUGCUGGUGCUUCGCGGGGGCCAAGGGACACGCCGUCGUCUCCUUGUCGCAUCCCGUCGAGGUCACGCACGUCACGAUCGGCCACAUCACACAAAGACAGUCACUCACCGGGGAAAUCAACAGUGCGCCGAGGGAGUUCUCCGUCUACGGAUUGGUGCACGACAACGACGAAGGCAUCCACCUGGGGAGCUUCGCGUACAACAAGGACGGCCUGAGCUCCCAGACCUUUGAGCUGCCUGUCGCAGUCAAAGAUGUCUUCAGCCACGUCAAGCUGGAGAUAAAGACAAACUGGGGGGACGAUGACCAAACGUGCCUCUACAACUUCAGGGUGCACGGGUAUCCGGCGUCUGGUUAGGGUGUAGAAGGUCGACCAACCCUGAACCCGCUAAGAACAAAUGAGAUGUCAUCAAAUGGAAUACAUAAAUAUGUGAACAUGGGGAUCCAUAAACAGAUGUGUUCGGGUUGGUUUGCCUUCCCACGUGGGGUUACCCCGGGUCCUCCGGUUUCCCCCCACACACCAAACACUGUUUGGUUUACAGUUGGCAGAAGACGAUUAGGUCUUUUGGGGUUCUCCGGGUUCUCCGGUUCACCCACAUACAUACCCAACAAUUUUGGAUUCACAAA